AUGUCUGAAAAUGAAAGGAUCCCUUCAAUACCAUUAACAAGAGAUUCUUCAUUGUCCUCAUUGUCUUCAUCAUCAUUAGAUCAUAAUCAACCUUUAUUGAGCAAUAUAACUUCUAGCUCAUCAGACAAUCUUUUACAAGUUAAAAGAAUAAUAGUUGAGUGUAAUAGAGAAUUACAAGAUAUCCAAAAUGCUUUGGAAGAUGUAGAAACCCUAAAUGGAAUAUUAUAA